CACAUGUUGGAUUGAUUUUAAGUUAAAUAUAAAAGAAUCACCUAACCCUACAUUUGGAAGAAUAUGUAGGGCAUUCAAAUAAGUUUAAGAAAAACCUGAGAGCCUACUGCAUAUCUUCCAUGCUCCACCUUCAAUUGAUUCGUAGGCCCUCAAUUUAUUCAUGUGUUCACUCCAAAGCUUGCCACCUUUCAGCUUCGUGAACCCGAAACUAAUUCCUCCAUUAAAAUAAUUUCCCACAUGUUCCACCAUAACGCUAACCUCAAUCUCUAUUCUCUAUUAUAUAUUUCUUAUUCCUCACUCUCCCAAAACCUCAAAAAAUCAUGUCUUCCAAUGGGUAUAGCGUCUCUUCACUCUCUCAAAUAAGUCCUGUCCCUCAUGAAACAUUGGAACAUCAAUGCAUUACCACCCUUAAAAUCCAAAAUCCUCAUAUCAGCUGCCUGGCAGCCCACAACAACCUUCUCUACGCUGCUUCCAUCAACGAAAUCAGCGUAUUCGAUUUAUCUAAUUAUGCCUUUAUUGAUAUGUUUAACAAUGAUUUAGCUUCUGGUUCUGUCAAGUCCAUCGCUUUUAGCAGUACAAAUAAAGUCUUCACCGCCCAUCAAGACUGCAAAAUAAGAGUGUGGCAAAUGACACCUUCAAAGCGACACCAACUUGUCUCCACACUCCCCACUGUCAUAGACCGUUUUCUCCACUUUAUGUUGCCCAAAAACUACACGACUGUAAGGCGUCACAAGAAGCGGCUUUGGCUUGAACACUGGGAUACAGUUUCACAUUUAGUAGUAACAGAAGGGUUAAUGUACUCAGUUUCUUGGGACAAAAGUUUUAAGAUAUGGAACCCCACAACUUAUCGGUGCUUAGAAUCUGUCAACGCACAUCAAGAUGCAGUAAACGCAGUGGCGGUGUCUGACAUCGGUGUUGUUUACACAGCUUCAGCCGAUGGACUUAUAAGAGUAUGGGAAAGAGUUGACAAAGAUAGUAAACACAAGCUAAUUGCGACAUUGGAGAAGCAUAAGGCACCGGUCAAUGCUCUUGCACUGAAGCGUGACGGUUCGUUUUUGUUUUCAGGCGGCUGUGACCGUUCGAUUGUGGUGUGGAGGAGAGAAAGCAGUGUUCAUCGGAUGGUAUUUGUGGAAGCACUAUGGGGUCAUACAGGAGCUAUAUUGUGUUUGAUUAAUGCUGAUGAUUUGAUAGUAAGUGGAUCGGCUGAUCAAACGGUGAGGGUUUGGCAGCACGGUGAGAAUGGUUAUCGUUGUAAUACAAUCUUAAAGGGGCAUGAAAAACCAGUAAAGUCAUUGGUAAACGUUAAAAGUGGUAGCCGCGGCGGCGUCGUUUCGAUUUGUAGCGGCAGCCUUGAUGGAGAAGUUAAAGUAUGGGAAGUGUCGAAGAAGAAGCUGAAGAAGUUUGAACUCUACAAACUGUCUUCCAAAGAGUGA